AUGUCCAGAGAGUUCCGAGGUGAUGACCAUGAGCCGACUUGGGAGGAGGUGAAGGGCCUUCUUGCCGACCCUGAGGCCCCAGUAGAGAAGCGGUACCGCGCUCUCUUCUAUGCCCGGAGCCGGGAUGAUUCUGAGGCGAUUGAGGCUCUUUAUAAGGUCUUGGAGCCCGAGACCAAAUCGGUGCUUCUUCGACACGAGGCGUGCUAUUGCAUCGGCCAGAUGGAGCAUGGCUUGGAAGGUGCGUGGAAGCUCGAGAACGUUAUGGAUGACGUUAACGAGCAUCCCAUGGUGCGUCACGAAGCCAUUGAGGGCCUUGCCGCUUGUGGCUCCGUCGAUUCCCUUGACAAGAUUCGUCCCUAUUUGACUCAUGAAAACGAGGCAAUUCGGGAUACCGCUACCUUAGCCGUCGAGUCUCUCGAAAACCUCAAGAGGACUAAGGACACCGAUGCUCAGCGUAGUGAGUUCAACACUGUCGAUCCGAUCGGGUCCAAGGCCCGCCAACACGCCACGAAGACCGAGGAGGCCGCUCAGCGUCUCAUGGACCCCAAGGCCAAGCUCUCUGAUCGCUACGCGGCUAUGUACAAACUACGUGCUGCUACUCUGCCCGGCUCAGUGUAG